GCGUCAAGGUCGUCUACGAGUGGUGGGACCAGGAGCGGGUCUCGAAGGCGGGGCUCCUCGACCUGGAGGCGAACCUGAAGAACAACAAGCAACACGUCAAGGAGGAGUCCGGCGAGACGAAGAUCUUCGCGCAGAUGUUGGCGGAGCACCGGAUCGACACCGCCGUCUUCGGCAAGGGCAAGGCCAAGACCGUGGAGCAGCUGGCCGCGGAGGUGAACAGCGGCGCCUCGCGCCUCAUGCUCGACGCCACCGAGCACAAGAAGCUGGUGCGGGUGGUGGACGUCGUGGCGCUGCGGCUGAACUCGCCUAUCAGAAUGGGCACGGGCGCGGACAGCCGCUUGCAGCCCGGAGAAGUUCCCCGACGGGAGGCAGCGCGCCACCGUGCGCCUCCCGGGCACCAAGAAGGAGCCGCACGAGAACACCAGGCAGACGGCGGAGAGGGUGCUCAAGGAAAUGCUGAAGAUAAAGGCGGCAACAGCGAAUGA